GCGGCGCGAUGGGGCUGCGCGCGGCAGGAGCACUGGGUAGGGCCGGGGCGGGCCGGGGGGCGCCGGAAGGACCCGGGCCCAGCGGCGGCGCGCAGGGCGGCAGCAUCCACUCGGGCUGCAUCGCCGCGGUACACAAUGUGCCGCUGAACGUGCUCAUCCGGCCGCUGCCAUCUGUUCUGGACCCGGCCAAGGUGCAGAGCCUCGUGGACACGAUCCGGGAGGACCCAGACAGCGUGCCCCCCAUCGAUGUCCUCUGGAUCAAAGGAGCCCAGGGUGGUGACUACUUCUACUCCUUUGGGGGCUGCCACCGUUACGCGGCCUACCAGCAGCUACAGCGAGAGACCAUCCCCGCCAAGCUUGUCCAGUCCACCAUCUCAGACCUAAGGGUAUACUUGGGUGCUUCCACACCGGACUUGCAAUAGCAGGAUCAUUGGCACCUGCCACCACUCCUAAAAUCCCAGAAGACACCUGGCUUCCGGCGGACUGGGACAUGCAGAAGGUGUAGCAGAGGAGCAUUCUCUUUGCUCCUGGAGGGAGGAGGGUCUGAUUCUAAGCACGCUCUUUGCUAGCAGCAAGACCUUGGACCCCCUACUGAACGGUGAGGGAGGCCCAUUUCCCACCACUGUGAAAAUGGGUCAUGUAUUUGCUUUUGAGGGAUUAUUGAGAGGAUGAAAUGAGAAAGGAGAUGGGCUUGGAGAACCGCAUGCUACUGGCUUCAGAUUCCCAGGGACAAGGAUCCUUCAGCAUUUUUGUAUUUGUAUAUCCUAUUAUGUGGAAUACAGUUAGCUGUAAGUAAAGGAAAACCUAGAUUAACAAAGAGAAGUUUGUCCAUGUAGCAUCAAUUCUGGAGACAGGUGACUGGUGGUAUUGGUUUAACAACUCAACAGAGGUAGGGCACACAUGUCUGUUUUCCUUUCGGUCUUUUCCUCAUUGCUUGUUACUUUAUGGUCACAAGGUGGCUGCAGUACUAGGAGUCAUGGCUAUGUUCAAGGAAGAAAGUAGUGGGGGAGAAGGAAGUGGACCUGUCAACUUCUAUCAUCAAGUUAAACAUUUUUCAGAGGCCUUUUUCUUGCUCCCUCCCCUGCAUAUUUCCACUUAGGUCUCCUUGGCCCACCAGCUACCAUUGCCACCCCAGAUGUAAAGAAAACUAAGACAGCAGGGAACAGAAGUGAGUAGAACAAUCACAUUCCAUCUCUGGGACUGGCACACUGCCUCCUGAAGUAAAACUGGAAUCCCACGACCAAGAGAGAAAUGAGUGAUUGGUAUUAGUUAGCCUUGGCUGUGUAGCACAGGGCAGGGGGUGGAUUUCUCCCAGGGUUGGGCCCGCUCUAGUAGAGGCAUCUCAUUAUCUGCUCUGGUGGGAUGGGGUAGGUCAGGUGGGACAUUCCAAGGGGGCCUCUGAAAGCUAAGAGUCCUGGGGGGAAGGUGCAGAGUGAGACGGGCCUUGCUCUCCCUGCCUGCUAAGCUUAGGAUAUUGGUCGGUCACUUGGCGUUUUCAAGUCUUAGUUUCCCCAGCUCAGUAAUGAAGACAGUAGCUCCCCCACCCAUUCUCUGUCCCAGGGAAAGAUGACUGAGGUGACCAACAGAAAUUAAAAGGAAUGUAGUCCUAAAUGCAGUAUGAUAUCCUGGACUGGAUUUUGGAACAACAAAAAAUAAAGGACAUUAGUGAAAAAACUGGAACUCUGAAUAAGGCCUGGGUUUUAGUUAAUAAUAACACAAUGUAAGUUUCUUUGCUUUGACAUCUUAGUACCAUGUAAAAUGUUGAUGUUGGCGUAGGCUGGGAACUCUACUAUUUUGGCAACUUUUCUGUAAAUCAA